AUGAGUUCUGAAUUACAGAGGAAACAUCAGGAUAUGGAUCUAACUGCAAUCAUUGAACAUCUUAAGAAGAUGUUUGGUACACAAAGCAGGACAUCUAGAUACCAGCUAUCUAAGGAUUUAUUUGGAUCCAAAUUAAUUGGAAACUCUCCAGUUGGACUCUAUGUCAAUCAUAUGACUGAUCUUAUUGAAGAACUGGAGAAGUUGGGGUGCAAACUGGAUAAAGAGCUUUCUCAAGAUUUGAUCUUGCAGUCACUAUCUGAAUCCUUUUCACAAUUUGUUAUUAAUUUCAAUAUGAAUAAAAUGGAUUGUGAUCUUCAUGAGAUGCUUAACAUGUUGAUUGAUUAUGAGAAUCAACUUGCAUCUGAGAAGAAGAAAGGAAUUGUCAUGUUGGAUGGAAACUCUUCUAAGAAGAAGGGUAAGGGUAAAAGUAAACCCAAGAAAAGACCUACUGCGCCCAAGGGUGGUGUGAGCAAACCCAAAGGCAAAGAAGGCAAAGCUGAGCAAUCCGAUGUU